AUGUCGAACUCGACGGAAAGCCUGUCUCUCCACAUGACCGUUUAUAUCCGUCCCGAGAACCUCGGGAAAUUCUGGGAAGAGUUCAAACCUCUCUAUGACAACGUCAUUGCUGAGCCGGAGUUUAGCUACUUGAUUGACAAUUACCAGGUCCCAAUCGACAGAGUGGUUGUCCAAGCGAAGAAGCCAUACUAUGAGAAGUACUUUGCCAUCACAACGCCGAUGUAUCUAAAGCCUCGCGAGGUCAAGGUGUUGAACCGCGUGGGUGCGCCUUAUACCAUGGUAAAGCGUGCCAAUGGGGGCCUCUACCACUGA